CUCAGUGGCGACAGCAGCAGUAGCAGCAGGAGGAGUAAUCACAAAUCGCAUCAUUUGCUUUCGAGCAUUACAAUCGUUCGGGUGUUUUUUUUAUCCCCUUCUCUGCCUGCGCUUGGAAUCGAGUUAUAGUCGUGAAUGUGGAAUUCUCGUCUCUACUCUCAAUGAAAACAGUUCGCGAGUCGAAAGUUCGAGAUUAGUGCAAAAACGCAAUAUGAAAGGCAUCUGUGGCGAUGCCAAGCAACAGGUCAACAAUUGCAUGCUCCUCGACGACUCGGAGGCAUCCACGGAAUAUGGCCAUGGAAUUGGUAACGGAAAUGGUAAUGGUAACGGUAAUGGUGUCAUUGAUUCGCCAGUUCAUCAGGGAAGUCGCUCGCUGCGAGCGCGUCAAGUGUGCAGUUUGGCAAUACGCAAUACCAGCUCCUAUGAUACCAUGGAGCGACCCUUUCGACCCGACAAUCUCCGUGGUGGCUGGUCGAAAACGGCGGAUUUCUAUUUUGCCAGCUGCACUUACGCAUUCAGCACAAUGGUCUUCUCGGAUGCUCCAGUUUGGGCGGUCAUUCAAAUCGGUUGGAGGAACUAUUUGAUCGCCUAUCUGCUAUCAGUUUUUAUAUUUUCGCUGCCCAUAUUUCUGAUACAAACAUUUCUGGGACAGUUUUCCACAUCGGGCGCCAUAUCGGCGUUUCGAGUAUCGCCCAUUUUCAAAGGUAUUGGUUAUUCGAUUUUCUUGCUGAACCUAGGCACUCUAACGUACUAUAGCGUUAAUGCGGCGGUUCCUCUAAUCUAUGCCGUUAACUCCAUGUACGACAUUAUGCCUUGGAAGAGUUGCAAUAAUACAUGGAAUACGCCAGAGUGCUCCACACAUGAUAGUUAUGAUGAGGAGUCGGAUUAUCAAAAGCCACAUACAACAGUGGAGUUUUUCCAUUCUAUGAUAAGUUCGAUUAAAGAAGAUGCUGGCGCUUGGACAUUAUCAUGGUCCAUGGUUUUGGCCAUAAUGGUCAUUUGGCCUAUUGUGUUGGCAUUGCUGCUUAGAAAAGUUUCGCUGAUUGGCAAAUGGAUGCGCUGUGCCUGUGUGCUGAUGUUUGGCCUCUUUGUGGCAACAUUUGUGUAUAUGGUGAUGCAUGAGCCGGAGGAAUACCAGCGUCUGAUCGAAUAUCAACAUCCAUCGAUAUUCAAAUUGGACGUCUUCAGAUCAGCAGUGGGUGUAGCCAUCUUGCAGGCGAGCCUGGUGCUGGGUCCUAGCUGGGGCAGCAUCAUCACCCUGGGCAGCUAUAACAGCUUUCGCAGCGACGCUGAACGCCUCAGCGUUUGGGUGUGUGUUACCCAUGUACUAGUCUCAGUGGUGGGCUUGGUCUGCAGUCUCGUGGCUAAUGAUUAUUUUGAAUUACAUGUUGUCAUGUUUCAUGCGGAUAAGUUGCACCCCUUGCAAUUUGUUUAUCUAGUGUAUUCCUAUCUAUUUGGCAGUUUUGCAACACUGCCCAGACUUUGGUCAUUUCUCUUCUUUGCUGUAAUUUUCCUAGCAGAAAUGUGUGCGCUGAUCAUUCAAAUGAUGUCUGUGCUAACAGCAAUAUUCGAUGAGUUCGAGCAGCUGCGUCCCAAAAAGAAACCCAUUACAAUCCUACUCGUGCUCUGUCUAAUGGCCACAUCCGUCUAUUUUUGCACUCAGAUGGGCUUUAGGCAAGCUGGCGCCUUUUCCUAUAUGACGGUAUUUACACAGAUGAUCAUCUCAGGCGUGUUGAUAUUAAUGGCCACAUGGAUCUAUGGCCGUAAGCGUUUCCAAUGUGAUUUGCAAUUUAUGCUGGGUAAAACAAUCUCAAAUCUUAAAAUAUUUUGCAUACGCUGUGUGGUGCCCUUCUUUGUAGCAUUGGGUUUGUGGGAAACUUUUUAUAUGCUAACUCAAAAUGGUGGAGAAGAAUAUCAAAUGUGGAUCAGUCAGACUGUGAUCUAUCUCAUUGCGUUGGGUUAUAUGUUCUUCAAGUUGUCACAGACCAAUGGCACAUGGCGUCAAAGAAUGAAGCAAUGUUUUGCUCCACACGAUUGGCAUCCUGUCAGUGCGGAUAAUCGACACUUCUACGAGGAAAUAAUGGGCAACUCCGAAAUGCUUGUCAUUGAUAACGGCAAUGCUGCCUGAAUCGGUGCUAUAUGUACCAUAUAUGCUGCAUCCUUCUAGUGCCUAAGCAAUACGAAUAUACCUACUCAUUUUUUAAGCUGUACUUAAGCAAAGGACCUCGAACUCAGGUCGAACUGAACUCCAUUGUGUUUUAAGCAGGAAAGCUGAAGAAAAAUAUUUAGAUCUACACGCAUCCAUAAUGUUUUUAAAUAAUUGUACUGAUAUUUUCCAAAUCUAGUUCUAGAGAACAAUAAACUGGUGAUAUUUGUAGUUGCAUAUACUAUUUACGAAUAAAGAGCAAAGUGCUUUUUGCAAACA